CUCGAAGUCAGCUAUCGUGGGUGUAUGUGCGGCCAUUAUGACCACCCUGGCCAUCGUCGUCCUCACAGCGUGUCGGUGUAUGCGUAGAAAGCCAGGUCGACCCUCCUUCCUGCUAACUCGAGACGCCGAGAAGGCCCAACGUACUUUCUACACCCGUCCCACCGCCAAACCCAUCAGUAGUCCCGAGUUAUCGUCUCCCGAGACCGGCCCAUCCCGGCACCUCCCACCCACUGGGAAGGGUUCGCCUCAUCUCACUCCGACCAAGUGGGGGUCAUCGGGAUUCCCGUCCCCGACCCAGGGGGAGAAACGCCCUCCAAUUAGCACCUUCUUGGGGUCGACAGGUAAACUCGACCCACAGACAUUACACAAAGACUCGUACUCGGAUGGGAGCGACGAGAAGUGUGAGGCGGUGGAUAAUAAGACCCUGGAGAGUAUGGAAGACCGUCCAAAUGUCGGGGUGCUCAACUUCACGGUCGAAUACAGAGUGGACAAGGCAGUGUUCAUGGUCACUAUACACCGAGCCAGCUAUCUUCCUGCCAAGGAUCCCACGACCGGAGCAUCGGACCCCUAUGUCAAGCUGUGCCUGCUCCCCGAGAAGAAGCACAAGGUGAAGACGAGGGUCUUAAGAAAAACACUCAACCCCAUCUAUGAAGAAACCUUUACCUUCUAUGGAUUGGCAUACAACCAGUUACAGGGUGUAACUCUUCACUUUGUCGUGAUGAGUUUCGAUCGUUUCUCAAGAGAUGAGGUAAUUGGUGAGGUAGUGAUGCCCCUGUCUAACGUUGAUCUGAGUACCAGACCUGUCAAUCUAUGUCGAGAUAUCAAACCAAGAAAUACACGAAUCCCCAAGUCACAAGGCCGCGGUGAGUUGCUGACGUCAUUGUGCUAUCAACCGGCAGCUAACCGACUUACUGUGGUGGUCCUUAAGGCAAAGAAUCUACCCAAGAUGGAUGUCACUGGCCUCGCAGACCCAUACGUAAAGAUUUACGUGAUGUACCGCAACCAACGCCUAGCUAAGAAGAAGACCCGACUCAAGAAACGGACCCUAAAUCCCGUCUUCAACGAAUCCUUCCUCUUCGAUAUACCUAUGGAAGGAUUGGAGUACCUUAAGAUUGAAUUCCAGGUGCUGGAUCACGAUCGGGUGACGAAGAACGAAAUUAUCGGCCGAUUAGUAAUUGGACGAGAUGAGGAUGGAGAGGCCGAAUCACAGCACUGGAAAGAGAUCAUGCAGAAUCCAAGGAAACAAAUCGCAGAAUGGCAUAAGCUCACCGAAUAAAAUUACGUCCAAACAAGCACAUAUUAUGUUUCAAAUAUCAAUUUCCGAUUCAAAAUUUUUUGAUCGAAAGUAAAGGAAUAAAUUGGUGAAAUAUAUCUACAUUAUUUUGUUACCAUGCCUGUAACAAGAUUAAUAUCAAUGUAAGGCACCCUCUUUAUAACUGACAGUUUGGCGACAUCUGCCUUUGUCUCAAUAUUUACGUCAGGCGGUGUUGAAUGCCGGGAAAUUCAAAUUCAAACGUGUCUACUAUAGUUUGAAAUGGUUCGCACCGUUAGUCAACGUCUGACUGUAAUGUGAACCAACCAAAGAGUUUAUUAAAAAAAGUCCAGUAAAAGCUUUCGUGACUUCAAUGAAGUCUCAAUUCUGUUUUAAGAUUAGCCCCUGGAUAGGCACUUUUUUUUUGCGUCUGAAAAAGUGAUUAAUCAAUUAUUCUAUGACUUCAGAAUCAGAUUAACUGAAUAACCUUGGUUGUCAUAGCAAUGAAUGUAAUAUUUCAAACAGUAUGUCCCAUAUAGGCCUACCCAUUUGAAUACAGUAUUUCUUAUCGUGACAUUCAUACGGGUGACUUGAUUUUCGUUGCGGUAAAUUUGUCAAGUUCAAAAACCCCUGGUCAAGCUGUUAUCACGCACCUUUCAUGUUCCUAUAUUUUGUGCGAUUCUAGCAAAAAUUACAACUUUUCUAGUCAAAACUGAAGCAAUUCUAUACAAAUGAACAUACUUUUUAUUAAAAUGAUAAACUAUUAACAUGAUUAAAAAGACUAUCACAUCCCACGGAUAGCAGGCCGUUGUUUCAAUCGAUAUUGCUGCAUUUCUAGUUAAACUUGCAACGAUGACACGACACUCAUGAGAUUAUAAUACUGGUCAUAUUCGCUUCGUACUAUAGUUUGUACCCUAUAAAUGAUUUUGAUCAACUAUCAUAACUUUAUAGGCAUAUACAUACGGGCACAUACGGCAGUAGAUGCUAGUCAAUUUAACGUGAACUACUUCUUAAACUACAAGUUUUCUGUGUCUAAAUUAGUUUUACUCUGUAAAUCAAUUUUAUGUACAUGUAGAAUUACUUACGACAUGAUUCAUGAAAAAUUACAUUCUCACCGCAUCGCAAGCAAUGUAUAUUGUAUGUUUGAUUUUGCCAGCGCCAUAAUGAGGCUGCAAUAAAUGCAAGGAAUGCUCCCCAGGGAAUGGAAAUUGUGCAUUUUUCGUGCGGGAAUGAAAUGAAUCCAAUGACCGGGGUAAUAAUAUGCUGUAACGCGCUUUGGGCCAUUCUGGGAAAAGCGCUUUAUAAAUAUUGGCUAUUAUUAUUAUUAUUAUUAAUGUCCACUAGCAAAAAUGAAUGAUCAACGUGGUUCUAUUUUAUUAUGAGACACGGGUGUAUAGUAAGAACUUAUUAUUUUCAUAAAUCCACUAUUUUUAUUAUAAGAAAAACAAAUAUCAUCAGCAUUACUUGUAGAAAUUUAUAUGGAACAGAGGAUACUGUUCAAAUAAGUGCGUACAUUCACUUUAUCUGUUUAUAACAAACACGAUAAAAAAGAGAGAGCACACUGGCUAUGUGAAUACAAUAUAUAUAGUUUUAGAUAUUGGUAACAUAAGCUUUGUUUAUUUUCAAUUAAACUAUAAAAAGGGGAAAAAAGUAAACUUCUUCACACAAAGUCUUGAAUAUAAUUAAAAUAAAUCGUUAUCAGAGAACACGCCAGUUCUUGGGAUUUUAAUCAUUUUGGGGACAGGAGUACUCCAUUACAUCGAAUUCGAUUAAUUAAACUAAAGUGAAAUUUUUGAGAGAAAUUGAUAUCAUAAUUCAUUUUGUAAUCGAUGUAAUAUGAAAUUCAUUGUAAAUAAUCAUAUUAUAUUUAUGAUAGGAGCGUUCUGAGAGUUUUACCAAAACUAAAUUAUGGCAGUGAAUGGAGGAAUAAAUGAAACGAUUCUAUACAGAAAAUAUAUAUUUGCAGUACUAAUAUGAACAGAUUUAUGAAAUUAGUGUAAGGAUAAUCAAAACAUAUUGACUUAUGAUACUGUAAAUUGUAAAGUUACGAUUUCAAAGAUACUUCGGCCUGAAUGAUUUUUAAAUGUGUAAAUUGGAAAUAUUUAAGCUCAUAAAUAUCUUAGAUGAUGAAAAUGUAAAAGUCCGUAUUAUUUUUAAGCUGUACAUUUCACAAUUACUUAUUUUGGAUAAUGUAAAUUGUAUCUUUAUUAUCGGUGUCUUUUUAUUCACUCUUUUUCCUUUUCCUCUUUCUCCUUGAUUUUUUCUCCCCCAUCUCAUCCUGAUAUUAAUUAUUCUAAUGUAUGUCAUUUUUCUUCCCCUCUCUCUCCUGAUUCUUUAUUUAGUUCUUUCUUUCGUUCUCUUCUUCUUCUUCUACUUCUUCUUCUUCUUCUUUUUAAUGUUAUUUUAUGGUCUAGUGGUUAACUCACUCGUAUACAAAAAAAAGCAUGUCUCCCUUUCUCAUUCUUACAACUAUCUCCAUCUCUUCAUUUCUUUCUUUCUUUCUCUUUUGUCAUGUAAUUGUUAUCAAUGAUCAUGUAAAAAUAUAGUAUUGUAACGGAAGGCAUAGAUUUUGUUUUCAUCUGGGUCACAAAAUAUGAUUCCUGGGUUACAAAAUAUGAUUCCAUACCUUACGAGAGGUUGUCGAUUUUAAGUAGAAAAAUAUGCGUACUCGUAAAUUUGAAGUUGCUAGAGUAAAAUCAAACUCUAUUUGCAACGUUUUCUUUUCAUUUUAUGAAAACAAUAUCUGAUGUACGAUUUGUUUUAUUCAAGAAAAGAUUAUUUUUAUAGGCAUUGGUAGUCAUUUUAUACGAAGCGAAAUUGUAGCUGCAUGGCAAUUAAUUGUUUAAUUGGAUCAAACGAUAGUUAUUUCUUCUUUUCACCUUUUUUUAAGUAUAGAGAACGGUUUUGUUUAAGUGAUUUAUAUUCAGAUUGAAAAGAUAAGAUUGAUAAUGGUUGCUAUAGGAUUAUUAGCGUACGGACAUGACGGAUGCGUACGAUAAGGAAUAGUACCUUUUCGAUUGAUGAAAAUAUACAUUAUUUUACAAGUGUUCUCUUGAAGCUUAUUCCAAUGUUUCACCUGGUAAAGAAUAAUUUUAUUUCCUUUUUUUUCGGGGAUCCGUAUUUUUAAGCUUAUUUGAUUAUACCUUUAUUGAGAUUAUAUUGAUCGACAGUUUUUAAAUAAAAAGGUAAACCAAAUUAUUGUGUUUAUAGGUAUCAGGAUGUACAUAUACUUUGUGGAUGAUAUUCAUAUUGAGCUUAGGAAAUAAAAGGUUUAUAGUCGCGAGAUUCAAUGAAAUUUGGUCUAAUUCCCAGAUCGUCUCACACCACUUUGGCUAACCCUAUUUUGUCUAUAAUCAGUUUGGUCUAAUUACCGUUUGGUCCAAUCAUCAUUUGACCAAACAUCUUUUUCUAAAUGACCCCAUCGCAUCUUGAUUUCUCCAAUUUCGUCUAAUGUCAAUGAUGUUUAUCAGAAGUUCCUCUUACUUAGAUGUAGACUAAGUGAUAUUAGACGAAAUGGAAUUAGACAAAAUUGGCACACCGUAGCUGAACAAAAAUGACGAAACGCCAAGACUUAACAAUCGAUUAGAUUAAAUUAAUAUUAGACAAACUGGUUGUAGACGGAAUUGUAUAAGACCAUGCCGGAAUGGACAAAACAGGCAAACGACAACCGGGAUUUAGACCAAGUGGCAAUCAUGAAUUCACCAUUUUAAUCAUUAUACUCGUCUUAUAUUAGGCCUGUAUAUAGACCCUGCAUUCCUCCGCUUCUCUGUGCUUUGUAAAUAGCCAAAAACAUUCAGAAUUUAUGUGUUACAUGCUUGUAUAUUUAGCUUCUUUAAAGAGACUGAUAUCAUGUGAAAAAAGGAGAGGGGUAUACAAAGAAAAUAAAUUAUGGAAAAGCGAAAGAAAAAUAUAUGUAUAUAACGACAAGAGUAUGUAAUCCUAUUUCGUGCUGUUGUGUUGACAAACGUCCUGUGUAGUAUAGGGCCCACCCGAUUUUAACAAGUACUGUGAUAAAAUAAAAGAUAUUUUAUGAUUAUAGUUA